AUGGCCCGGCUGCUCGGAAGACUUCCCGGCGUGGAGCUCCUCCUGCGCCUCCAGGCGCCCCGAGCGGCCUCCGGCCCCGGCGCCUGGCUGCGCUGCCGCGCGGCUCACUCCGGCACGGAUAAAGACACUGGCUCUCUGACAAGGUAUGACAAAUCGAGCGUUACCACCGACUGGCAAAAGAAACUGACUCCUGAGCAAUUCUAUGUCACAAGAGAAAAAGGAACUGAAUUGCCCUUUAGUGGAAUCUAUCUGUCUAACACGGAGCCUGGGAUGUACCACUGCGUCUGUUGUGAUGCCCCACUGUUCAGCUCGACGAAGAAGUAUGACUCUGGUACCGGAUGGCCUUCCUUUUCAGAGGCACACGGGACAUGCGGAACUGAUGAAAGCAAUACUAAUAUCCUGAGACGUCCUGAUAUCUCCCUAGGAUCAAGUGGCAAAGAAGUCCUUUGCAAACAGUGUGACGCUCAUCUGGGCCACGUGUUCGGUGAUGGGCCCGAGCCAUCUGGGCAAAGGUUCUGCAUCAACAGCGUUGCGUUAACAUUUAAACCGGGUUCGAGCCACUGAGGCGUGCAACUUCCAACCUGCGCAUCAAUAUUGCUUUAAUGCUCAGAUCUUGUUCACCACAGAGAGCCACCUAGUGAAUUUAUUAGGAGCCAGCUGGCUGAAGCAAAUGCGCUUAUUUCAUGUACGUGUAGUUAAAAAUAAUU